AAUGGCGGCGAAUCAGCAAUCGACCCGCUCGGAACCCUAGCCUGGCCCGCCGGCUCGCCAUGGCAUGCCCUCCUUGCCCGCCGUCGCCGCUCGCCAGGGUGCGGCUCGACGACGUGGCGCCACACGACGGCGCGGCCGCCCCGGGCUACGCGCGCGCCGUCGGCGCCCUCGCCGCCUCGCUCGCCCGCCGCGGCGCCGCCGUGCUCGAGCUCCCCGCCGACGACGCGGCCGUCAUCCGCUGCGCCCUCGAAUCCGCCCGCGCCUUCUUCCGCGGCCGCCACGCCGCCUACCUCUACCGCGCCGGGAGGACUUUGGAAGAUGGAGAGUUGUCGCCUGCUUGCAUGGCUGAUGCUUUCAGAUGUUUGGGCAAAGCAGCCCGGGCCGCCCUCUGUGCAAUAGCACGGCACCUGCGCCUACGUACCGACGUAUUCAACCAAUUACUUGAUGAUACUCCACUGCCGGUUAACGAGGUCUCCUCAUCAGAGUUGCUGGUGGCAUAUUCUCAUGAACAGCCCCAAAGUGGUCACUCACUCAUGGGAUGUCCCAGCAGGUCCUCAAUGCCUCAAGUUGAUAGGGGAUUUGUGACGCUAGUUGCUUCCGAUUGUCCAGGAAUUGAGGUUUGUGACCCAAAUGGCCAUUGGUACCUAGCUGAUGGGGUUUCAGGCCCAAAUAAUCUAUUGCUUCUGACUGGAAGGGCCCUAAGUCAUGUUACUGCUGGUCUUUGCCCAAUUUCCCACUACAGGGUCACUAAUGAGAAUAGGGCAUCACUCACCUUUAGGUUGGUGCCUCAUGCCAACGCUAUAUUGGAUUGCUCUCCAAUUUUAGCUGCUGGGCAUUGCAUACGACAGGUGUACCAACCCAUACCUGCAAGCCAAUUUAUGGAUGAUUCUUAUGCUGAAGAGCACGCUGUUUCCAGUCACUUGGAAGAACCUUUUGAAUCUCAGGGCAACUUUGUUAGCGACCCAUCACUCAGAAGUGUCCUGUCAGACCCUCUGUCUGGGGCUUUUCUUGAAGAUGCUAUGGUUCUCCAAUGUGGGCACUCAUUUGGUGGCGUCAUGCUGAAGAAAGUCAUUGAAAUGGCUAGAUGCACCAUUUGCAAUGGAGAAGUCGACACAUCCUCCUUGUUUCCUAAUCUCGCUUUAAGAGCAGUAGCCACGGUGGUGAAGAUGGAGGAUGACAGGAGACUGUUUCAUAACGCCGCUCUUCGGAAGCGCAGGAAAGAUGUAACCGAGCAUACGAAUGUGCUGAAGCGGAGUGGGAGUAGCAAAGUGUACGCGGCUGCAGUACCGAUCACUGAAGAAAGUGCCGGAGCUGCAACUGCAGAUGCAAGCGAGGCUGCUGCAGCCCCUGGCAUUUCUCGGAGGCAGACAAUAAGAGAUCGCGAUGACGGAUCAUGUGUGAACCAUAACCACUGCCCAAGGUAUCGGUCAGCUAGGAAGGUAGCUCCCCUCCCUUGUUCGAAGGCGAGUUCAAUGUAAAAGUCGGGAGUAUGAAAUGAAGUGACCUAUGUUUGCGCGUCAAAUCUGUUCAUCUUUGAGGCCCUGUUUGGUUUGCAGGUUUUGCAAAGGAAAAUCGUAUGAAUUGCGAAACAGAAAGGAAGCUGGAACGAGUGUUUGUAACGGAGGAAGUGCCGAUUCAUAUCCUCUCGAAUACUGUAGUGUGAUGCUCAUUUCAAUGGAGAAGAAAAAUCUACUCCGAUCUCUAGUUUUAGGUCAUUGAUAUUUGAAACAUUAAAAUUGUUGUAAUGGAACAAUGUGGAAGUACUGAUAUCUUUGUGAUAAUUUCCCUGCUAUGUGGGGUAUUUUA